UUGAAUACAAAAAGCACUUUCUCCGGUUGCGCCAUCUGUUGCAGGCUUACUGGUUGAGCCACUAGCUGUUCAGCUGUACACUUCCUUCUCCCCUGCCCUUUAACUACCUCCUCUACUGUAUAACGACCAGACCACACCGUUUACCAAAAGAACGUGGAGACAGCGACAAGCGAAUUGCACGCGCAACAGUGACCUGCUGGAUAUUGCGUAUCUGCUAGGCCAAGCUCUCAGUCACCGGCGGGAUGUCGUCCUCCAUCUUCUUCCGCUUCAAGUCACAGAAGGAGCCAUUGCAAAUAACAUUUGACGGCACCUCUUUGUCAGUCUUCGAAGUGAAGCGAGAAAUUAUUGCCAUCUCCAAACUCGGCGAUGGCACUGACUUCGACCUCGAGAUCUAUACGCCUGAGGCGAUGGAGAAGUACGACGAUGAUACUACGCAAAUUCCACGCUCUACUACGGUCAUUGCACGCCGCCUGCCCGCCACUAAGCCAGGUGCAGGCCGUGCAGCUCGCUAUGUCACCGGCAAGAUGCCUAUCAUGGCCAAGAAUCAGCACCGUGUCGAGCAGAUGCCGGCGACGUCCGGCAAGGGCGGGCCUGCGUCAAGUGCAGCAGCGAACGGCAACAACGAGAUGACCGAAGAAGAGAAGCUUGCGGCAAUGUUGAACGCGAAUAACGAAGUCUGGAAGCAAGACCAAGCGCUCAAUGCAGGAAAGCCCAUCAUCCGGAACACCAACUAUAAGUCCACUGUCCCUGCGCCUGACAAGCCACUUCCGCCCGGCUACACGUGCCAUCGAUGCGGCGAGAAAGGCCACUGGAUCCAAGCCUGUCCCACGAACAACGAUCCCACCUUCGACGGCCGACCCAAGUUCCGUCGCACAACCGGUAUCCCACGCUCCAUGCUUAAGGUCAUUGAGAAGCCUACCGAAGUCGGUGAAGAUGGCAAGAUCGACGUGUCCAAGCUUCCCGCCGGCGUCAUGUACACGUCCACAGGCGAGUGGGUCAUCGCGGAGCCGGACAAAGUGGCUUGGGAGAAGUUCCAAGAGAAGCAGAAUGCAUCUGCAGCGAAGGCCAAGGAGGCUGUGGCGGAAGAUGCCGAGCUAGUCGAGCGUGGGCUCAGCUGUCCAAUUGAUAAGCGUGCAUUUGUCGAUCCUGUCAAGACGCCGUGUUGUGGUAGAGUGUUCUGCAGAGACUGUAUUGAGAAUGCGUUGCUUGAUGGUGAUCUGAACUGCCCGAAUUGCGGCGAGCAAGUGCUGCUUGACAAGCUGGAGGCGGACGAGGCGGUGGCGAAGAAGGUGGCAGCCUUCGAGGACGAGAGAAAGGCAGCGCGAGUGCUCAAGGACAAGGAAGCCAGUCGAAGUCCCAGUGCUGUGGGCUCGCCAGCUAAGGCAGGCACGCCUCCAGUCAAGUCUGAGGUACCGUCUGCCAAUGUGCCAGAGACCAAGCUCAACGGCACGGUGUCUACCUCGUCUACUUCCAGUUCGCGUAAGCGCGGCGCAGAAGCCGAACUGCCCAACAACCGUAAAGGUACCAACCCAGCCAUGGCGAAGAAACAGCAGCCUGUCAACUCCAAGACAGGCACGCCGAUUCCUACGGGACCCAAGGCGUCAACGCUACAGCAACCACCGACGCAAAUCCCCAAUAACAUGCAAGGCUUCGUUAUGCAGAUGCAGAGCAUGGCUUCCAGCAUGCCGGGGAUGCCGAACGGCAUGAAUGCCAUGAUGAAUCCAAUGAUGAUGAACAAUCCGAUGUUGAAUCCGAUGAUGAUCAACCCAAUGAUGGGAAUGGGUGGCUUCCCGAUGGGUGGCAUGAACGGUAUGCCUAAUGGUGGUGGAUGGGUGGGUCCGCAGCAGCAAGGCUGGGGCAUGGGCAUCCAGAACGGUGGUGGGAGUGAUGGAGCGUAUAUGCGGCAACCGGUUAACCCGCAUCGGCAUCAGGGAAGGCAGCGGAGGCAGCGCAGUGUGGACUAUAAGCAGAUGGGGUCGUGAGGAAGUUCGUGAGGGGCGGACUGGUGCAAACG